AUCACGCAGCCUUGCCCAAAAAAUCGUUAAUUCCCGCUUGGCAGCCGUUGGCGUUUAACUGCGUUCACUCACGUUGGCAUCCAUGCUUUCUACCGCCAAAGCCUAAGCGACAAGCGAUCAGGAAGAAGUGAACUGCAACAAGAGUCUAGUGAAUUAUUGACAGUUUGAUAAGCGUUAUUAUUUGGCAUUAGAAGUCAAGAAAUAAGCAGCGAUAAUGAGGCCAGAUUCAAGGAGCAUCUCUUUCACAUUUCACCGCUCGGCUUUAACCGCAAACAACAUUUCAGACGAGCCGAAGGAGUCGAGAAAUUUACGUCAAAGACUGCAGGAUCGUUUUGACCAAGAAUGCCCGUACAAUUUGGCAAAAAAAGAGUCACCUUCGAAAAAACGUACUUCCAAAUGUAAGGCCGGUACCUUAACUCCCGAAAAAGGAUGGAGCAAUUUAAGUUUGAGUAACGUUUCGGCCGACUCAAGACGAGCCUUCAGAAAUGGAGCCGAAAAAUUAUCCAAAACCAUCUCUUCAGUUCGAAUGACUUUUGGAACAAUUUCUCAGAAAUUCAGAAGUUCAACACGCAGGAGGCAGCGUUUAGAGGAAUGCCAUUCCCCUACAAUUUCUGCUACACCGCAAACUCGCUCUCGGCAUUUGUUGGGCAGGACACCAACAAAACUGUACAGUCCAUUUGGCAUAGAGUCGCCAAGGUCUGCUUGGAGUAAUUCACCUGGAAAAGAAAAUUAUGAUUCUAGUACCAGGCAUAAACUUACCAGCGUUGAAGAAAAAUUACGCAAACCUUUUCAACUAACCAAAGCUAAUGGCUUUACUACAUUCAGAUAAAUUCUGAAAUCAAUAUAUCUAUCGCACAGAUACUGAUUACUAAUCGGCACAUUUUUUCACGUUUACUUAUCCUUCAAAGGAUAAGAAUAUUUUUCUUUUCCAGCAAGACAUAUUGCUGGAUGCUGCUACUUUGAUUGUAAGAUAAUUGAUGCCUUAACAUUUUUUGAUAAAGCAAGCUUGUGUGAUUUACAUAUUUUAUAGAUAGCACGUCAGAGCUAAUUAAUGAUUAAUCUAAUUUCGACUGGUUAAUUUAUUUAUGCUAUUUUUACACUAUAAAUUAGGAAUAAUCAAAUUAGUACCUUAUUAAUCAAAAAACCACCGAAAGUUAUCACGCUUAUUCACAUCCAAAUCAUAAUUUGCUGUCCACAACUUGAAUGCAUAUCGAAAAAAUGAAUCUUCACUACCUAAUUGAUAUUGACGGUAAUUUAUCUCACAACAAAUUUCACUCAAUAGAAAAAGCAUUCGUGACAAGAGAACCAAGUAAGUAAGGAAAAUAUCGGUUCAGAUAUUUAAACCGACUGUAGCUAUUUUACAGUUUCUCGUUCAAAAUGAUCAUCGCAGGGGUAAAAGAUUAUCAUUUACGAUUAAAAAUCGUGUAUCACUUCUACAUCCCAAUUAAUUAUUAAUUCCUCUGAAUUUGCAUUGGCAACUCCAUUAUUGAUUGAAAUUAAACUUAAAAUUGUCUUUCCUCCAAAUUGUACUGUAAUGUUAAGAUUUGUGCAGCAUAUUGUAUAAACCCCCUGCUUUGUAUUUCUAUUUCCAGUAUUUAUUGUUCGUAAGACAAACGAAACAGCCAACUGUGUUGGUUUAUAAAUGAAAA